GACAUGUAUGUAUAGGCCUAGUUAUUAAAGACCGAAGUUCAGUUUGCUCUUAGCAUUAGUGUUUGCAUUUCUCGUCUGAAUAAAGGUGGAAGAAGAUAACAGUUAAGAGCUUUACCAUCGGUGAUUGGAGACAUGUACGCGGAAGACAUUACUUUGCAAGAAUGAGUAGGGGGAACACUGUGGAGUGUACCAUACAACCGUGAUAUUUUAUGCUUCAUAGCAAUAUGCAGAGCCAAUGCCCGCCAUUGAAUUCACGCGGAAAAAAGGCCUAACCUGUUUUCAUCUAUAGUGGAUACCUGUGAGUAAUAUAUAGAAUUGGACCAAACAUGGAGCCUUGUCUUACUCUCGAUUCAAACUAUACGUGUACUCAACCCCCUCCUAAAUUCAAUAUCACACGUCCUAACUUCUGCCAAACAGCACCGCCAACAACCGAAGAGCCAGUGUCAUCAACCCUUACAUCAACCGUGAUAUCAACGGCCUCAGAUAUAAUUUCUACCGUUAUUACGAAUGCUUCGUCAACUCUUACCCAAUCAAGUAUUACCCCAGGUUCUACCACAAGUCCUUCAACAAGCACAUUAACAACCGAAUCAAUUGAAUCAACAACGUCUGUGGUUACGCCUUCUAAUUGUACAACCGACCCCUGUACUACGCAUGAAAGAAAUGAUCCACUAUUAAUUGCGUUAUGCUGUUCCAUACCCGCCAUCGCCAUUAUCGUCGUCGUCAUCAUCAUCAUAUGGUAUAAAACAAGAAAUAGAAGAGACAAUGAAAAACAGAAUGAAAACGGAGGGCCACAGCCGCUCGAGACUCAAAAUUCGACCUACGGUCUGAUCGGGAACGAUGAACCAGAUACAGGUGGUAACACGUAUUCAGUAGAGAAGGAAGCAUUUUCUAGUAAAGAUGAGACCAAUAAUGGAAUUGAAAACAAAGGACUUACGGAAGAUGAUCCUAAAAAGGAAGAGAAACCAGCACCAGUUGUUCAGAUGACCGAACUCUGAUUGAUUGCAUACGAACGAUGUAUGGACGUGAAAUCAGCAUUAUUGUAUCCUGUUUGUUGACGCCAAGAACGUGACGAUAAUUAUGUGCAUGAAAAUUUAGAGCAGUGUGGAGAGGGUGAGAGAAAAAGAGAGCAAGAUAAUGUUGACAUGGUCAUUCUAUGUUUACUCAUGCACCCCAUCAGUUGAAUUGUAUUGGAUAUUUUGUAUACAUUGUUUUUAUGAAAUUUCUUAAUCUUGCCAUUCCAUUGAUCUUAGCGGGAAAUGAUACCUUGCUACAAAUAAAUUGAUAAAAAUAGAAAUGCAUUGUGUAAAUGUCUAAUAUAUAUAUAUAUAUAUAUAUAU